CAAGCAUAUCUUCCUGAAGCUGAAAAAACCGGUGAACGAGUAAGCGGGAACAUAUAAAACCACGAGAAAAAUUAAGACUCUCUUAUCCAAAGCAACUUACAAGUCAGGACAUGACCAAAACCCCAUGGUGCCCAAUUAAGUGAAUAUGCGAAGAUCCUGCAGGUCUACGGUCAGGCUACACCAGCACUGUGAGGGGUGCUACAGCCGGCGCUGCAGGGCCCCUGUUGAGGUCUCUGUCUCCUGUGUGACCAUCAGCUGCCGACUGCUCUGCGGUGCUGUCUUCCACCUGUGCAAGGAGGAGGAGCACCAGCUGCUGUGCCCCAAUGUGAAGGUGCCCUGCCUCAACGCCCACUAUGGCUGCCCCUUCACCAUGUGCCGCUCCAAGCUGGCCAAACACCUGGAGGUGUGUCCGGCCAGCGUGGUCAGCUGCUCCCUGGAGUGGAACCGCUGGCCCAUCGAGGAGACCAACACCGUCUUCUAUGACAAUGUCAUCAAGGAGCCCUACUCUGAGGAGCAACUGGACCUUUCCAUGGCCCUCAGAGACCAGAAGCUUCUGUGCGAAAGGCUGAAAAUGAAGUCGUUUUUCCCUGAGUUAAUGGAGGAGGUUGAGGAGCUCCCUCCUCCAGAGCCAGAGGAAGCAGCCGAAUCCGAGGCUAUUGAAAAUGGGGCAGCAUGGGCUCCCACGGCUCGAGGUGGGGGUGAGCGCUCAGGCCACAACUUCACUGGAGCAGAGAUGCCCGAACUCACCCAGGAUAAGAAAAAGAACACCGUGGACACUGAAAGCUACAACCAGUGGGAGAAAAUGUUCAGCAUGGAAAGGGGUGGCUGCAAGCAGGCCGCCAAAGCAUUGAAGGACAAGAAACAGGGGGAUGGAAAGGAGGAAAAGGCAUCGCCCUCACCAGGCAGCCAGAAGACUGAGAAGGAAGGGCCCAAGGAGAGCCAGGCAGCUGCAACUGCCAUGCCCGUUGACAUCUCAAAGACAGGCCUGGCUCCCUGGCAGGAUGGGGUCCUCGAGAGACUGGGAAAAGAGGUCAAUGUGAAAGAUUUCAACAUGUACCUGGUGCACCACGGACGCAUGCUGAUCCGGUUCGGUCAAAUGCCCGCCUGCACUCCUAGAGAGAAGGACUUUGUUUAUGGUAGCUUGGAGCCCAUUCCUGUUCAGACACUACGCUCUUUUAAAGUUCCCACAAGUUACAGGGAAAAACGCAUUCAUCUCAGAGACCCAACCACAAGGGCCUGCACUGAAGACAAAUGUGUGGACACCUCAGAUUUGGGUGUCUCCAUGGAGGACAUUCCAAAAAUGGAUGAGAUUCCCGCCACCUUACUGUGCUCCUCUGAAAAGGAACUGCGGGGGCACAAAGUCUGUGAAACAGUUGUUACGGAUGGUCUCUUUGUAGACCUAGCAACCCAGACUUAUGACUUCCACACUGCUCCAUUUAAGCGCAAUGCCUCACUGGCUGACAUCACUGCUGACAGGGCCCUGAAACUACACGUUCAAAUUCACGCCGAGAGCGUGACCAGCAGGCACAAUAAAGCCAGCUCUGCCUUCACCUUUCUGUGUAGCCACUUCUUUCGCCGUGACGAGUUUCGCUCCCACUUCAAGAAUGUACACUCAGACAUCCAAUCCUGCUUGAACGGCUGGUUCGAACAGCGGUGCCCCCUAGCUUACCUUGGUUGUACCUACAGUCAGAAGAGGUUUCAACCCUCUACCCACAGGGCAAAGGUAAGCUACAACCAGGACCUCAGCACCUUCACUCUCAGACCAGAGGUCUCUGCCUCGCUCUUCAAGGGCGUGAAGACCAUCGCCACAGAGAGGAAGCGAGCUCGCAACUUAGACUCCCUCAGCAGGCUGCCUUUCGAGGUCCUUGUGCACAUCGCCGGCUUUCUGGACAGCUUCACUCUAUCCCAGCUGGCCCUGGUCUCCAAGCUGAUGAGAGAUGUUUGUGCUACUCUGCUGCAGGAGAGGGGAAUGGUCUCCUUAAAGUGGGAGAAAAAGACCUACUCCCAUGGGAGAAUAUGCUGGAGACCCAGACAGGUAUGGCAGUUCAGCAACCUAUUCUCCACAGUGGAGAGGUGGUGCUUUGGUGACACCCCCUCCAUGGCCCAACACCUGAAGCUCUGUCCAUUCUACCAGACCGAGGACAAGAGGGAACCUGUGGCUUUAGCCAGUGUGAGUGACAGCAAAUGGAACGUUCGGGAAUGUCAGAGUCUGGUUGCCUUGUUCCGGGGACACAAGUGA